UGGGACGGGACGGGGCGGGACGGCACCGGGACCGGCACCGGGAGCAGGACGGGGACCGGGAGCCGCCGCGGGCGGGCAGGGCUGCGAGGUGCGGCGUGGGCGAUGGCCGCCGAGGCCUCCAUCCCGGCGCUGAUCCGGAGGAAGCGCGACGGCGAGCGGCUGAGCGACGAGGAGAUCGAGCGCUUCGUGCAGGGCGUCACGGCCGGCACCGUCCAGGAGGGCCAGAUCGGCGCCAUGCUGAUGGCCAUCCGGCUGCGGGGCAUGGACGCGGAGGAGACGCUGGCGCUGACGCGGGCCAUGGCGGCCUCGGGCCGGGCGCUGGCGUGGCCGCCGGGCUGGCGGGGGCGGCUGGUGGACAAGCACUCCACGGGCGGCGUGGGCGACAAGGUCAGCCUGGCGCUCGCCCCCGCGCUGGCCGCCUGCGGCUGCAAGGUGAGCGGGGAGGCCGUGGGUGCGGUGGGUCCCGGUGGUCCCGGUGGUGGUGGGUCCCGGUGGUCCUGGUGGUGGUGGGUCCCGGUGGUCCUGGUGGUCCUGGCGGGUCCCAGCAGGUCCGAGUAG